GAUUGGCUCUCGGCUUUAGCUGCCUGGCUAUUGGCUGGGCGGGGACAGUAUGAUCGUCAGCGACCAAGAUGGCGGCGCCCACUGUUAUUCCGGACACCGUCAGUGUUCGAAAGGCUGUGUCCCUCAUCAAUGCUAUAGACACGGGAAAGUUCUCUCGGUUGCUUUCCCGCAUCCUUCAGAAGCUGCACCUAAAGGCUGAGAGUACUUUCACAGAAGAGGAGGAAGAAAAGCUUCAAGCUGCUUUUUCAGUGGAGAAGCAAGAUCUCCAUCUUGUCCUUGAAACCAUUGCAUUCAUUUUGGAACAGGCUGUGUAUCACAACUUGAAGCCAACUGUUCUGCAACAGCAGUUGGAGCAUUCCAAAGUGGAUCAUGACAAAGCGGAAGUGUUUGCCACCACAUGGGCUGCUGCAGGUCCAGAGACAGUGGAAAAGUUCAGACAGAGGACUUUGUCACCUCAGAAGCUUGAGUCUGUUGGAUGGCAGCUUAACCUUCAGAUGGCUCAAUCAACCCAAGCAAAACAAAAAUCUCCUCAAGCUGUUUUAGAACUUGGAAUGAGCAAUGAAGAUUCAAAGUAUGGGAACCAAAGAAGAAAGGUUGCAGUGGGAAACUUUGUGUGCUGUUUUUGGCCACGGAUGUUUCCAGUGCAGAAGAGACAAGCCACUCAUCGGUAUAAAAAGCAGCUUGUCUCUUUGGCAACAGAAAUCUUGUGAAGCAAAUAGCAAAGCUAAACUGUGUUAUGCCCAUGUAGGCCUUAUUUGGAUCAUGGCAGCAGUACUGAGUUCUGAGAGCUGAUGUGUGCAGUCACUGAUUCCAUAUGUUUUGUUAGCUUUUAAAUGCGGGGUAUUGGAUACUGAUUCCCCCCCCCCCUAUAUAAUAUAUAAACUGCCUACCAUUCAAAAAGAUUGUGGCGAUGUACAAAAAAGAAAUAAAUAAAAAUAAAGUACAAGAUACAGAGAUACAAAAGAAGAAUAUAUUAAAUCCACUUGUAAAACCCACCAUUCUUUUAAUCCCAUCAUGUGGUCAGAUGCCAUCUAGACAUAAUUUAAAAAAAAUAUUCAAUAAAUGACUAUUCAGAGAUAAUUUAAUAUUCCGUUUCCUUACGGGUUCCUACAUCUUAAGGCAUAUUCCAUCAAUGGGAGGAGAAUGAAGUGUGUAACUUGAUAAGGUGCAACUCUUUUUGUUGAAGUGCUGGAUAGUCGUCAUUCAUCAUCAUUCAUCUCCCAGUGCUGCCUGUCUCCUUCCUUCUUCCACCUUCUCUCUGCCCCUUCUCUCUCUCACUUCAAAGUGGGCUUGAUCCCUGCGAUCAGUUUCCCACCAGCUUGCCAAGUGAGUCGGUGCUAUUAGCUUCCCCGUCUUCACUGGUGGCCACUGCUGAUGUGAAGCACAGACAUGGGAACUUGCCCCACGAUCACCUUACUUGUACAGUUAGUUCCGCUUCAUGUUAUGGCCAGGAGACUGGCAACUUUCUACAGGGGUGCUGAUUUCCUGUGGUGAAAAUGAUGUCUAGCAUGGCUUUCUUCUUUAAGUCUGCCCUGUACUGGAAUAGUUAGGAGCGGAAAGAGUUUUCUUGCCAGUGCAUGCUCAGUUGCUAUUGUGUGAUCUGUCUGCUUGCUGGAAAAAAUAAGCACAGAGUUUUUAAAAACAUUCCUUGCUGGAAAAAUAGAAAAAAGCAAUGCUUACGAAGUGAGUAUAAGGAAAUGGACGGACUAAACUGUGAGGACUCACCGCUUACGGUUAAUGCUCUAGCGUUAAGAGAUUUGUGUUGUUAUGUCAGAGCUCUUUGACUCUUGGGGAAUAUUUUGCACUAUCGAUUACAGUGUUCUAACAGUGAGGGAAAGGAGGCUCUCCAAAACUUAGCAGUGACUGAACUGAUGAAGAGAGAUUUUGGUAAAUUCAGAUCUAAUCACUUCUGGUAGAUUAUAUUUAUCAUAAAAUAAAAAUUCCAUUUUGCUUUGAGUUUA